AUGGAGAUGCUUGACCGCGGGCGUCGCGUUGGCCCUCCGCGUCGCUGUUGCACGUUGCGUUUUUACGAGCGAUCGCGUCGAUACAUGCGUAUAUAUUGUGUCCGUGCUUCUUUGCCGCAGGCGCCGCGCGUCGGGUGCGCCGAGGGUUUUUGGGCGCGGCGAGGGGCCUGGCUGUUUCUUCAGUUUCCUUUUUCUUUCUUGCUUGUGCGUUUGCUGCUUUCCGCCUGGCCGCACGUUGUGCUUGCCAAGAUGGUGUUUUUUUUUUUUAGCUGCUGCUGCCGGCCCCGCGCCCCAUUGCUUUCGUCCUCUUUUUUUUUUCUUUCCUCCCCCCUUUUGCUGCGCGUUUGCGUUCGCUGCUCGCGUUUCUAUGGGCGUUUCUCCGAGCACCGACUGUUCCCCUCCUCCGCUCGGCGUCUCCGCGCCGCCGCGGGGCCGCCGCUGCUGCCGGCGCGCCCCGCCGGCCCCGGCUGCGCGUGUGUCGUGCCGCUCUCUUUAAUUGCGCCUCCUCUUUCUUCCUUGCCUUCCUUUCCCCCGCUCCCUCGCCCCGCGCCCCUGCGGCGCGCCUUCUGGCGUUGCCUGCGCCGUGGCCCUCUGGCGGCGCGCGGCCGCCCCCGGGGACGCACCCCUGCGGGCGACUCGGCUGCCGCCCUGGCGGGUUCGGCGCCUCGCAGGGAGGGACGCCAAGAGCCAGCAACCAGCCCCCUACCGCGACUUGGCGUUGGUUUUCGGUGGCGGCGGUCGGGCUGUUUUCUGGGUGAGGCCGUGUGCGGG